AUGGCUGCACCAGUUCUCACCAACCUCUCACCCUUGUCGACGGAGCCUGAAAUCAAAAAUCUUUCAGGUUUCCCGAGAUUGAAGCCUGCCUACAUUCUCAAGGUGAGUCCGCAGCUGGAGCUAUCGUCAUGGUUUUUAUGGGCCUUUGUGAGGAGACUGGACAUUAAUAUGCCUCAGAUUCACGUUACUACCGGAAGACCUGUUGGGACAAUCGUUAGCGGAAGCAACUUGAUUCAUUGGGAAACAGGUUCCGGGACCCUAACCACCGCUGAGGGGUAUGAGCAGCUAGUCGAGGCCAAUGUCGAGUAUGGGUCUGAUUGGCUUCUUUUCGAUCCUGAUAAUGGACACGCUCGGCCUCAGCUGAAGCUUCUGGCCAGGUGA